AUGCAGUACUCGGAUGUGUUAACAGAAGUGGCCGAACGACUCCAAGCUGCGCUUAAAGUGGCGGCGCAGCAGCUCCAUUCUGGACGACCUGUCGAAUGCUCGUUGGCGCUUCUCCCACCCGUCGCGCUGGAGGAAAUGUCGCUUCGAUGGGGCACAAUCGAUGUGCUUGACGAUCACGGGGGCCAUUUUGAGUUGGUUGUGGGUCUUGACGACAAGAUGCUGACGGCGUCGUUUGUGGGACUCCUGCGGCGAAUGCAAGAGCCUCACGAGCCACAUAAAGAUGGGGAAAAGUCUCCGCCUCCGAUCAUUGGCCCCCUGGUCAAAAGACUGUCGCAGGAAGGCGUGGUGCCGGUGUUGUUGCUGCUGGUCCCCGCACAUACCGGUCUCUGGAGUGAACGACGACGAUGGCUAAAGAGAACAGUCGUCGCCCAUGACGUGAUGGAGGAGAAGGGGGAGCAUUUUCUGCCGCUGCUUUUGCUGCAGGAACUCCUACUGACAUCCCUUCUGGUGAGCUGUCACCACAAGGUUCAAGAAGUUUGGGUGCACCGCUGGUGGGUGGAGCAGCAAAUGCUAAAAUUGGGUGGCAUGGACCUGGAGGCCUUUCAUAUACACGACCGUUCAGUGUUGUUUAAUGCUGCUGAUAAACAUCCGAUGAAUUACAACGCCUGGAACCAUCGACGGCAAGUGUUCGCGUUUCACUUUCAACAAGACGGGAAUGAGGAGAGUGUUAACAGAGCAUUUUUUCUGCAGGAAUUGGACGUCGUUGUGCACUUUUUUGAGAAGCACAACGGUGACACAUCCGCCGCGGCGUAUUUAACAUUUCUUCUUGAGCAGGCAACAGCGAAGAGAGGAGCCUAUUUUGAUAAGCACGACUCCGUGGCAUUGCACGUGUGGGGGAGGCUACUAGCUGUUACCACGCAAGAGUUACGCCGACAUUACGACAAGGGACACGAGGCUGUCUGGAUGCUGCGUCUUGCGCUGAUGCGGUGGGCUUUAUGCGAACGCCCCCCGUGUGGCUGGACACUCCAAGACGAACUGGAUUUUGUUUCCACCUACGCGUCGGUGGUGACGAUGUUGGGGGAGGAUGAGGAUGAGGGAAACAUGGAGCUCGACGUCACGUGGGUGGAUGUCUCGGGCUCGUACUGGUGGACGUCGUACCACGCGGUGCGUUAUGGCCUCCAACUGUUGAGAAUGCUGCGUAUGUAA